GAAAGAAAGACAUAUUUUCUAAGAAAAAGAGGACCUGACAUAUGUCAAAGAAUAUUUACAAUUUGAUAAAAUAUUUUUAUUUAUAAAUUAAUGUUAUUUAUCUAACAAGAAAAUGUGUGAAGUAAAUAUACCACGACAAAAAGUGCCCAAAGAUGGCGUCGGACCAAGAGGAGUACCAGAAUGUUACUAUACAUCACGCGUGUUGAACUCAACCUUCCGCUACGUGAAGUUUGUGCGCAAACUUCGUGCGUUAGAAGAGGAGCAACGUAAAGGAGCUGAGAACAAAGCUAAAGAGGCCAAAGAUCAAUCUAUCAAUGAGUUUUUCAUGAGAUGUGAUCGCAGAUCUCUGAUCAAUGACGUAGCACGGCGUGUCGAUCUUUGCUUGGAUUCGUAUCAAAAGGAUUUAGAAGUAAAGAAGGAAAGAUUGAAGGAAUUAUUCGCACGCGAAGAAGAAGAGAACACUCGUAAGUUUGUGGCGCAAGCGCAGGCGGGCGCGGAGCUUGUAUGGCAGGACAAGAAAGAGCGGCUGCGGUUCUUACUUGAAAAGAGAAAGAAGGAACAUGCGGAGAAAUAUAAAGAUACGCCCCUUUCUAAAUGCGUUCACGUAUUGCCGUGUAUCCUAAAGUUGCGAGCAAUGGAAGCCCAGCAAAUACAAUUGUACCAAAUGAAAGAGAAACAAGCGCGCAAAAUGGCUGACAUCGAGUUUGAUAAAAUGUGGCAUGAAGUCACCAUGAAGGAAGCUGAUGCAUUGGCGGCUCGUAUGGAAUACGACGCUAUAGAGAGGUACAGAAGGGACAUGGAGUGCAAGCAGUACUCCGACUACCAGCUGGAACAGAGACGCAGGCAGAGGGAGAAUGAGAGAGAAAUGUUGCGACAGGAGAGUUUAAGAUUCAAGGCUAUCUGGGAUGCGGAGAAUAAGAAAGAAGAAGAUGCGGAACAAGCUCGUAGAGAUAAAGCGAAGCAAGUAGCAGAAGAUAGUAAUAGAUUCUUGAGACUGAAUCAGGAGAGGUUGGCGAGAGAAAGUGAAGAAGAGAAGAUGGUGUCAGAUGCUUGGAAUUCUCUCACUCACCAGGGACUGGCUGGGGAUAUGGCCAUGAUCGAGUUAAGAAGGAGAAAAGAGCGUGAAUUGGACGAAUGCAACAGAAGGCUUCUAGAAAUGAAAAAGAAGUUCGUAGACAUGGAUAUAGAGGAUGACGUGAUCAGGAAAGAAGAUGCGCGACUUACGCAGAAGAAGAAAGAUGAAGUCAGCUGUAGAUAUCUCAAAUGGGCAAAGGAAACCUCGCGGGAAGUACGCAAAGGGAUGAUAGAACAAAUGAAAGAACGAGAAGAAGAGAAGAAAGUAUUAAAGAAGAGAAUAGAAGAAGAAGAUGAGUAUCACAGACAGUUACGAGAGCAACUGGACAAGUUGGUCGAGUACAGAGACAAGAUGGACGCGAAAGUUCGGAAAGACCAUCAACAGAAUUUAGUGAAACAAAUGGAAUAUAAUAAUAUAUUAAAGGAGAGAGCAAAACAAGAAGAAUUAGACCAAGUAAAGAAAUACGCGAUCGCUACUAAAGAAUACGAAGACGAGAUUGAAAAGAUGCUUUGUCGACCAUUCUUCAGUGAUCAUAUACAUCCGUUUAUGAAGCAGAUGGCGAAAGGCAUCAAAAUGGCGGAGAAAUGUCCGUGCUUCAAGAAAGAUUAUUUUAAAUGAUUUUGGUUCUUAAUUAAAUUAAAUGUUUUUGUUGUAAUUUUUAAAUAGAAACAAAAAUUCAUUUUCUGUAAGUAUAUGCUCAUAUUUUAUCUGUACAGAUAAAUACAAUUGGGGUGUCUAUGUUAACUCGGUUGCAAUCAUCGGUUAGUUUGUAAUAGAGUUUAAAG